AUGCCCCGCCACCGCGGUACUCAAAACCACAGACCGAGCACAUCCUCAACCUUGGCGGAGGAUAUCGAGGAAGGCUACGAGGCCGACUGCGACGCGGGUGUGCAUUCGGGCCAUAACGGCGACAGACGUCGCCGCCCCCGCCUGCACUACCUCUUCGAGCGCGCGGAACCGAUCAAAGAGGUGCUGAAGCCGUUGACUGCCGAAGAGCUUGCCCAUCUGCGGGCUACCUCCGACGUUCCCAUCCCCUCGGCUCUCCUGCCCUCCACUUCAUCCGAAGAGACGUCGGCACGACCGUCUAGCGACGGCCUCUCGGCGUCAGGCUCUCGCUCACAAGGGGCAGGCCCCGUCGAGCUCGCCCAGCCCAUCGCUGAGAUCCCCCCACCAGUCUCCCCUGCCAAGGUCGGGUUCGCGCUUUCCUCUUCUCCCAACAACUACGAGGAUAUCAGCUUGAACGACGAUGCCCAAUUCUCGCCUGCGGCUGUUACUCCGCCCACGCCUGACCUGCUUCCGUGGUCUGCCCUGACUUCUGUGGAGCCUACUCCCAUCUCGCUUGCUACCCCGGUCAUGCUGUGGCCGCUUUUCAUUCAUAUGCGUAGGCCUCCACUCGCGCGCAUGCCAGCGUUCCUCGUCGCUACCUAG